AUGGGGACCGCGAGGGGGUUGGCCCGCGUGCGGCGGGAGGCGCUCGCCGCGUGCAUGACGUGCCCGCUCUGCCGGGGACUUCUCAGGGAGGCCACCGCCAUAACCUUGUGCCUCCACACAUUUUGUCGGGGGUGCAUUAUGGAGAAAAUAAAUGAUGAGGAGGUUGACUGUUGCCCAGUAUGCGACAUUGAUCUUGGCUGCGAUCCUGAAGAGAAACUCAGGCCUGACCACAACCUUCAAGAUAUCAGGAAUAAGGUAUUUCCAAUUAAAAAGAUAAAUGUUGAUGCUCCAAAGGCUGUAACAACAUUGCCAGCAAAGAGAAAACAGAGGUCCCUUUCUUCCUUGGUGGUUGAUACUCCAAGCGUAGUAAAGCAGACUGGUUUGACUGGAAAGGGAACCAAAGCUAAAAGGAGGGCAGCAGCUUCUCGUGCAACUUCUCCCGUUAAUAAUGGAACCAUGAAAUUACCAACUAAAUCUGAAAAUCGAGAUCAGAAGACUGAGAAAAGCUCUGCAUCACAAUCUACCAAGGUGGCAACAACUGCAAACAAAACUGAAAAUCAAGAUCAAAAGAAGACCAGGAAAACUUUGGCAAAACAGUCGACCAGGGCAGCAACACCAGCAAACAAAAAACAGCGAAAUACAGAUGUAGAAGUUUCAAGUAAGGCAUCUUCCGAAAAUAGAAAGAAUGGCAAGACAACUGACAAGGAUGAGCUCCGUAAAUCUUCAAAAGUACCUAGGUCAACUCCCAAAAUCCAUGCCGUCAAUGAAGAGCAAAUAAAAGAGAAAGAGAGUGAACUCCCUACAAGGAAAGGAGAGGCAGACAACAAAGUGGUUAUUCCCGGGACAAGUGUGAGAGAACAUUCAAAUAACUCAAAUCUUAAAGAGAAAAAUGAUGGCAGUUCUCCAAAAUCUUCAACAUUGAAAGAUAAAACAACAACAGAGGAUGAUUCGUACCAAGGAUCGCUUGGUUCUGCAAGCGAUUUGCAUGAUCCAAUAACUACUCCGGUGUGGUUCUCGUUAAUUUCUUUGCCUAACCAGAAAGAAGAUCCACAACUUCCUCAGUUAUCAAAGACUUACAUGAGAAUCAAAGAUGGCAGUUUGCAGAUUUCCUCGGUACAGAGGUACAUCAUGACGAAACUGGAUCUAGCUAAUGAAAAUGAGGUGGAGAUCAUUUGCCAUGGCGAGCCGAUCUGCCCCUCGAGCACGCUGCAUGGGCUGAUGGAACUGUGGCAUCGUAGACAGCCGACAGAGCCCGUGGAGGCGUUGGUGGGCGCGCCAGGCAACGAGUUCGUCAUGGUGCUGGGCUACCGUCGCCGCCACCGCCCUAAUUCGGUGCUCAGCACCGUCGCUGUGCCUCCAGAGCCAUCCUGA